CUGGUGAAGACAGCGGAGCUCAGCCCGCAGAAGAACUACGUGUUUGGCUGCCACCCGCACGGCAUCAUGAGCGCCGGCGCAUUCUGCAACUUCAGCACGGAAGGGACCGGCUUCUCCUCCGUGUUCCCCGGGAUACGGCCGCACCUGGCCACGCUGGCGGGGAUGUUCAUGAUGCCGAUAUACCGAGAGUACAUGAUGUGCGCGGGAAUGUGUCCGGUGAGCAAGCCCAGUCUGAAGUACCACCUCUCCCAGAACGGCAGCGGCAAUGCGGUGGUGAUCGUGAUAGGGGGCGCCGCUGAGUCUCUGAACUGCACCCCCGGACACAACUCCCUCGUCAUGAGGAACAGAAAGGGCUUCGUCAGGCUGGCCAUCGAGUAUGGGGCUGACCUCGUUCCUGUCUUCUCGUUCGGGGAGAAUGACAUUUUCCACCAGGUGAUCUUUGAGGAGGGGAGCUGGAAGAGGAGUCUGCAGAUCGCCUUCCACAAAUACGUGGGCUUCGCCCCCUGCCUCUUCAAGGGGACCGGGCUCCUGUUCAAUUCCUGGGGGCUACUCCCCUUCCCCAAACCCAUCACCACAGUGGUUGGGAAGCCCAUCGCGGUGCUGGAGAUGGCGGUCCCCACUGAGCGGAUAGUGGAUCACUAUCACCGGCUCUACAUGCAGGCCGUCCUCGAUCUCUUCGACCAGCACAAGGUGUCCUGCGGUCUGUCUGAAGAACACCAGCUCGAAAUCCUCUGAGACGCAGUACCCAGCCCGGCCCGCCAGGGGGCACUGCCGGCCACAGAGAAAAUGGUAGCGGGCCCUUUAAACCUGGAACUGGACACGCGAAUCAGCUGACUUCCUGCUGGAACUGAGGCAGAAUUUAAAAGCGCAGUGGCUUUUAAACUAAAAUAUUUUUGCCUAGUUUUCAACCCAACAGUGCGUGUUGAUUUCUGGACUUGUUUGUUUGUUGUGAUGAUAAUGGAGAAUGAAAACAGCGUUAUUAUUAUUAAUUAGCAUGACUGAUAAUUUGAUGAAGCUCUGUUAAUGGCAGGUAAUUAAAUUCGUGUGUUCUGUCUCGGGAAGGAUCAGUCUGUGACGUAGUGAUGGAG